AUGUUUCCAAAUGGGAAUUACCAGUAUAAAGGGAUUGUGCAAUUGCUAUUGCAUUUUGGGUGGACAUGGAUUGGCGUGAUAUUUCUAAAUUACAAAAAUGGAGAAAGAUUAUUAUGGAACGUGCUCCCUAUGUUUUCCCAGAAUGGGAUUUGCUUUGAGUUCAUACUAGAAUUGCCUGCAGUAGAUUUCACAAGUGGCUUUGAAAGAAUUAUAGAACGAUUUUUUGAAAUAUACAAAGUUGUUAUCAACAGUACAGUAAAUGUUGUCUUCUUUCAUGGAGAGAUUCAGAGCAUUCUGAUGUUGAGAUUGUUCCCAUGGGUUGCAGAUUUUGCUAGGUUGCCAGAACAGGAAAAAGGGAUAGUCUGGAUCAUGGUAGCCCAGGUGGAGUUCACUUUUCUCCACUUCCAAAGAGAUAUGCAGAUCAAUAUCCUUCACGGGGCUUUCUCUCUUGCAAUUCACUCCAAGGUGGUGAUGGGCUUCCAGAGAUUUCUUCAGAUGAGACAACCUAUCUCAGAAAUAGCAGAUGGGUUUAUCAGAGGAUUCUGGAAGGAGGUAUUUCUUUGCUCCUUCCCUGACUCCUUCUCACAUGGGACAGCUGAGAAGAACUGCACUGGGGAAGAGAAACUGGAGUCUCUUCCUGGUUCUGUGUUUGAAAUGAGCAUGACAGGCCAUAGCUACAGUGUCUACAAUGCUGUCUAUGCUGUGGCACAUGCAUUGCAUGAAAUGCAGUCCUUGGAACGGAAUGGUCCAAAUCAGAAGCUUCAGAAUGACCAACUGUGGCAGCUCCAUCGUUAUCUAAGAAGCCUCUCAUUCAACAAUAGUGCUGGAGAUGAAAUUUCUUUUGAUUCAAAUGGAGAAUUAGUAGCUGGAUUUGAUGUUAUCAAUUGGGUCACAUUCCCAAAUCUGUCAUUUGUCAGAAUAAAAGUAGGAAAGGUGGAUCCCUUUGCUCCUGAAAGCAAUUUUUUCACAACUUUUGUUGAUAACUUCAUGUGGCCCAGCUCCUUUAAUCAGGCCCAACCUCUUUCUCUGUGUAACAAUAAAUGCAGCCCUGGUUAUAGAAAAGCCACAAAGGAAGGGAAGCCAUUUUGCUGCUACGAUUGCCUUCGAUGUCCACUCGGGAAGGUGUCUCAGCAGCAGGACUCAGAUGACUGCUCCCAAUGUCCAGAAGGUUCCUAUGCAAACCACAACCAGGAUUCCUGCAUCCCUAAAGACAUACACUUCUUGUCAUAUGAAGAACCCCUGGGGGUUGUUUUGGCCAUGCUUGCUCUCUCCUUUUCUUUCAUCACAACUUGGGUCCUUUGGAUCUUUAUUAAGUACCAAGACACUCCAAUUGUCAAGGCCAACAAUCGAAACCUCACCUACUUGCUCCUCAUUUCCCUGCUGCUUUCCUUCCUUUGUGUUUCUCUAUUCAUUGGCCAUCCCAACAAGGUGAUGUGUCUCUUUCAACAACCUGCUUUUGCUAUCAUCUUCUCUGUGGCAGUUUCUUGUGUGUUGGCCAAAACCAUCAUUGUAGUGCUAGCUUUCAUGGCCAGCAAACCUGGAUUAAGGAUGAAAAAAUGGAUGGGAAAAGGUUUGGCAAACUCCAUUGUUCUUUUUGGUUCCUUAAUCCAAGCCAUCAUUUGCACUGUUUGGCUGAUAACCUCUCCUCCAUUUCUCCAUUUUGAUGUAUACUCCCUGCCUGAAGAAAUCAUUUUAGAAUGCAAUGAAGGUUCUACUGUAAUUUUCUAUUGUGUCCUGGGAUUCAUGGGAAUGUUAGCCAUGAUCAAUUUUACAGUGGCUUUUCUUUCUAGGAAAUUACCUAACUGUUUCAAUGAAGCCAAAUUUAUUACUUUCAGCAUGUUAGUUUUUUGCAGUGUUUGGUUGUCCUUUGUUCCAAGUUACCUGAGCACCAAAGGAAAAUACAUGGUGGCUGUGGAGAUCUUCUCCAUGUUGGCCUCUAGUUUUGGAUUAUUAGGCUUCAUCUUUUUCCCCAAAUGCUAUAUUAUUGUGGUGAGGCCAGAACUGAAUGACAAGAAGCAACUCUUAAAGAGGAAGCAUUAA